UGCAAUUUGUAGUGUAAAGCAAAGACAGAAGUGACUUGUGAAUGGAAAGUACCUCCAAGUAUCCCAGCCCACCACAUGCGCCAGUGACCCCUUCUCCUUCCCGCCGCAAUGGGUGUGGCCCGCGUGCCUGCCAGCUGCGGUGUUGUCGCCGCCUGCCUCCUGCCUCUCUCUUUCGCUUUUGGGGAGGCACGAGGUACGUGACUACCUCGUUCCUCGCAUUGUGAGCGUCGCCCCUUCCUGUCCCGAGUCUUUCGACCUCCCCCGUCCCCCAUCGUCGCCCGUCCCGUCCGUCCAUCCUCACCCUGGGUGCGCUCUGGUGCGGCAUCAUCCUCCCACCACCGCCACCACUACCACCACCACCACAACCUCAUCCACCUCUUGUCUCCCACCCCCCGUCAAUCAAAUCAAGUAAUUCAUCAAUCCGUCAAUCCAUCAAUCACCCGUCACCCAAAUCGACAGAACACCACCACCCCCCGGCAUACCUCCCUCCACCUUUCGGUAUCUCUUCCCCUCGACAUCUACUACGGUUCCUGGUCUCCCGCUUGCCGCACACACUUCCAGUCAACUCUUACACUCACAUACCUACCCUACACACGCAUUUUCCAAACACACGCAAUCCUUUCCUCUCAGUCGAGGUAAUAUACUACUUACCGCAUAGUAAUAAUAGAGGUGCCCUCCAAAGGGUACGCGCACACCAACCCUCCCCUCCCAGCGCUACGCUCCGCGCUACUUUACAAGAUACACGGACCGGACUCAUCCCACCACCACACGCUACGCCUACGAUUACCACCACCAUCCCUCCCUACCUCGCUUCUCCAGAUCCGCCCUCCACUCGGUCGUCCCCCGAAACCACAUCUCCUGCCGCCUCGCUCCCUUGUUCGUUCGUUGGCUUCGAAAUCCGCUCCAUCGUCCUGCCUGUCCUUCGCCACCUUUGGCCCAAACCGUACUACAUGAACCUCUCUCGCGCCGCCCGAAGCCACUUUCACCCCUUCGUCUGCUCUCCCUCACGUUCGUUCUGACCCGCGCGUCUGCACACUGCUGCACCGAGGCAGACUAUAACAUUCCCUAACGUCGACUGGGAAAUCUGCAAAAAAAAUACAGAACCACAACGGCCUCGGGACACGAGAGUCAUAUCUCCACUCAUGCCAGUCCAUAGUUGACCGCUGAGACAGCCGCGCCGGUCUCGCUCCUCCCUCUCUUGCUGCUUCUCUGCCGACCCCCUCCCCGCGAAGUCUCGAGCCGCCGUCCGAAUAUACUUUGCGAAAUGGAUUUGAGCCAGAGCAUGAGCCAGAGCCAAAAUCACAUGCUGCACGGGCCUGCGCCUGGAGACCGCCAGCUGCCGCCAUCCUCUUCAUCCCUCGCCCACACGCACCACUUCCGCCCACCUGCUUCUGCUUCUGCUUCUGCUUCUGCGUCUACCUCUACGUCGGCUUCUGCUUCUAUCUCCACCACCUCUCAACCCAACAAGCACGUCCUCUCUCACGCUCGCUUUGAUCCGACACAACUCCCGUCCCAGCUGCCUUCAUAUGCUCCCCCGAGCUAUGCGCAUGCCCAGUCCCACGAUUCCAACCUGCUGAGGUUUCCCGACGCCCCGACUACCGAGCUUGCACCCAUCCUUCCUGCCGCCAAACACAAUGAUAACGUCGGUCACAACCUGCCAUCUCUCUCGUCCGUGACAGGUCCCCCGCCCCCGCGGUUCACUUCCAUCGUCGCCCAAUCUCAACCUGUUGUAGCGCCGCAGCAGCAUCAACAUCAGCAUCACCAGCAGCAAUCACAACCCCAACCAACUACAUCCUCCCUGAAGCGGUCCUCGACGACAACAGUACCCCUCACCCACUGGCCGAGCCUCAACCCCCUCACGACGUAUUAUACACCUAGUCAUGCCCAGUCUGCCGACUCGCCUGCGCGAAUGGAUCUCGACGUAGUUAGCAAUAGCGCCAUGAGCGCAGCAUCCCCAGACCGGUUUUACGAAGGACGUGCUGCCAGUGUCAGUUUGGACGACCCCGACGUGCGCAUGGCAGCUGAAGCACUUGGGGAUCUGCGAGCCGACUUCAUCAACUCUCCUCCCGCCCGUCACACACCUCUACCGAGAGCCUCGCCGGCCGUGUCAGUCACUUCAAAUCCACAACUCAAGUCUGAAGAACCCUUAUUCUCACUUCUGACAACAUCCCACCCGUUACUCGCGACCACUAUCGAAGGUGCCACGUCGGCUUACAAUAACUCCAAAAACUUUUCCCCGAGAUUCAAGUCCAGCGCCGAAUAUGUAGAGGGUUACUUGACACCCAUUGCCAAUACUGUAGGCACGGUUGGACGGAAGACAGGUGUUGAGGGUGGCGUACGCUGGUUUCUCGGCGCCGGUCGACGGCAUCAGUCCAAUGACAUUGAAGCUGCCGACGGAGGGUCGCAUAAGCGGCGCAAGGUUGAUACGGGAGAAGACUUGGCUAGGCUCAUGAUUGAAGCACAGAGCAACAUCAUGCCUGACGUUGACUCUCCCCGUGAUCCAUAUGUGUUCAAGCACGACCGCCGACUUUCACGAGCUAGCACAAUCGAUACCCUGCCGGCGUAUGACGACUACCGGUCCCCGGCCUACAGUGAGAACGAAAAGGCCGAGCGACCCACAUCAUCAAAUGCUGCUUGGCAAUCUCGCCUAAUCAUGUCUACCUCGGGUCUCAGUGUUGCUAUGAGCGAUGAGAGCCUCAGGAGCUUGAAGUAUUGUCUACGAUGGCUGCGGUGGGCGAACGAGCACAUUGGUGGGGUUAUCAACAACCUCAAGACGACUCUUGAACAGUUCGAGAAGCCGGGUCAGCCCCAACAGGAAGAGCAGACGGCAGUCACUAACGAUGGCGACCAUGUCAUGGCUGACAGCCAUCCCGAGCCAAUGUCUGAGCAGGAGCGCACAAUCCUGGCCGCCAAGAUCGCUUCACUCAAAGGUGACGUUCUGAAGACACUACAGAAUGUAAUCGUCACCGUCUCUAAAUACGCUGGCGGGGCCCUCCCCGAAAAUGCUCGUCUGUUGGUUCGCCGUCACCUGACGACUCUGCCACAGCGAUUCCGUUAUGCCAGCAUGGUUGAACACCAACAGGGAGAGAAGGUCAGUGACCAGGAGGCGAUGCGCGAAGGUGCUCAUCGUGUACUUGUCCUAGCUAAAGAGGGUCUCGACAUGAUGUCGCAAGUCAGUGGAGUCCUUGAUGGCACCAUUGUCAGUGCCGAGGAGUGGUGUGAAAGACUUGGGAAGAAGAAGCGGGAUCAACGCGAGGCUGUCCUACCGCAAUCUCAACCUCAAGAGGGUGAUGUCAAGGUUGCCCUUGUUUGAGUGAGCAACGAUUUCCUACGACAUUGGUCCAAGAACCACAAAUGACAAGGCGGGCGGGGUACUCUUUCCUUUUAUAAUCUCUUCUCAAAACCACCAAGUGGAUGAUUGGAACGGCGCAGAAAUGGACAUGGAAAAAGAAAAAACAAGAGCAAAACGUGGACGAAAACGCGCUGCCGCAGCAGACGCAAGACUCACAACAAUGAUACCAAACAGAGGACACCCUCACCAUUACCUACUACUACUUCUCUUCCAGUAUACCAUAUCACAUCCUACUACUACCAACUUUUUCUUAUAGCUACAAACACACCCAACACGGACAUCUUUUUUUUCUCAUUUUUUGUUGAUUAUGCUAUGAUUCUUGUUCAUUUGGCAGUUCAUCUUUGUUGCCCAGUUCUCAAUGUGUCAUUUUCUGGUUCGCGGUAUUAAUAGGACGGUCUACGGAGUCCUGGGGCGUCUUCGUACUUGCAUUUAGUUUCAAGCUUGGAUUCGCUAUGUACAGAGCUUGCGCAGUAUUUGCACAAAGCAAAUCCAACCUAUGUGUCAAGAAUAUGAACAUUUGUCAACACCUUUUACUGAGUUCUCGAUGACAUUUGUCAUUCGACCAAGCCAGGUUCCCUCAAAGACUUCGCUGUGUAUGUUCAUGACUACGAUAGCCUUCCUUUGAUUGCGACGAGACAUGGUCCCGAAGCCUGCCGGGACGCUGCGUGCCGUCAAACGUGGUCCCUCCUUACAGGUCAAACAUCAUCUGAUGAAUCCAGCGCGCGGCAGAGUCCAGGGGUUUCCGCGACCCCAUACUCAGCAACGCAGUACCCCACGAAGGGAUUAACAUCCGAGGAUUGCGAAUACGGCGACGGGAAGCAUUUUGAGACCGAUGUCCUGGAGGUUUCUGCGAGGCGGAGAUUAGUAGUCGAGCCUAGAUGGUUGCACGGGAUCCGGGGAAGAGCAUUGAUGCCCCAGACGGACCAGGCGAUUGAAGGGCUAUUCCGCGGCACCGUGCCUUUUCAUUCUCUUUUCUGAGCUUCUGAUAGGGCAAGGCACGCGGAGGUUUCCAGACAUGCGUCCAAUAGACCUUUUAAGCAUUACGAUCUCCUUGUCCUUUGUCCUGUCUGCCGCCAGAUACGGAAGGCUCCUAAAUCGUCUGAUUAUCCAGUCUCAACCUCGGAAGGAAGAAAGCUUCUUCAGAAUCCGGGGCUCUAAUCCCAUUUGUUGACGUGCGGAUAUCGGAUUCGGUAGGUCAGCUUUCGUCUACCCUAGGCGAAGUAUAUCAGAAUCCAAACUAUCAGACUCUUAUGCAUACGGCCAAGGGAUCUCGACUUGAUGGAGUAAGAAAAAUGGAAACUAUCACAAGAACCCUCAUCAAAGUGGACAGACAUCAAGGCUAGCCGCGUGGCAUCGAAGAAGAUUGAUAGCGUGGUCGGCGAACGUAUGCCGAGUGGGGGAAGCACGGUGACGGUGGUACUGUACAGUAAACGGAACGUGGGAAUACUUGAUAUGGACUUCCUCCUCUGGAGUUACAAGGCCGCGUGAAAUGGAGGUGAGUAUUCUUUGAGAUAAGCUUCCGUUGACCUAGGUAGCUGCACAAAUCGCACAUAAGACCUCGCCAACAGGCCGUUCCAGCCACAACUCAUUGCUUAUGGAAAGCAGAGCUCUUACCCACGAGUCCUUUCCACAUGUGCUCUUUCAAUGGUUACCUAGAUUGUGGCCGCAAGAUUAGAAAUAGAGUUGCAAUUACGGUUCGCCCUUAAUGACCCGAAAAG